AUGGAUAUGGAAGCCAAAACAGUUCAGAAACGAUGGCGGUCUACCCCGAAACAAAUUAGAAUCUUGUUGAACAUCUUCAACCAUGGGAUCAUCAAUCCUAAUCGAGAUCAGGUUCGCGAGAUUACAGGACGACUCCAGGAGUACGGGGAAGUCGGAGAAUACAGCGUCUAUUGUUGGUUUCAAAACCAUGGAAAUCGGGUGAAGAAUCGAGGCCGACAACAAGAUGUCCCUAAUCCUUCAUGGGUACUUCCAAAGACUCCGAAGCUCUUAGAUCUCUUUCCCAUUCCCGUUAUACGCAAAGAAGAAGAGAAAGUUACUCAACCCAUGCCGUUUCGCACCCAAGCUUCUUCCACAGAGCUUUCCUUGAGGUUGUCGCUCACUGAUCAGUAG